AUUUGGAAAGUACCCAAAUAAAUGAGAAGCUUCUAUCCUUGAUUUGGGGAAGACAUUCCUUAGCGGAGGCCAUGCAGCCUCCCGCCCCUGCAUGGCCCAGGCGGCACAGCUGGGCUCACUCUUUUCUGUCCGUUUCCUGCUAUGUUUUGCCCUCUCUGGCCUGUGACGUGCUCUUGGCGACUUCUUCCUCAGUGUCCUCUCUUUUCUGUCCUCUCUGUCUCACAGCCUCAUCUCCUAAGCCCCUCCCUCCUCCUGGCUCCUCCUCCCUGUCCUGUCUGGGCCAUGCGGGGGACAGGAGGCCUUCCUCCCCCUGGACCCCCUGGCCAGCCUCGGAUGCGGGGCCCGACAGCAGCUCGAAGGUCUCCUUGCUGCCGCCCUUCCUGAGUGACCAGGCACAGCACGUGCACGCCCUGGGGACCUUCCACCUCUUCUGCCAGGCGACAGGUCCUGCAGACAUUCGUGUUGUCUGGGAGAAGAAUGGGCGAGCUCUGGAGACCUGUGUCCCUGUGCAGACCCAUGCACUGCCCGAUGGCAGGGCCCAUGCGCUCAGCUGGCUGCAGGACGCCAUCAGGGAAAGCACCGAGUAUCGCUGCUCUGUCAUCUCCUCAGCAGGGAACAAGACUUCGAAGGUGCAGGUUGCUGUGAUGAGACCUGAAGUGGCCCACCAGGAGAAGUGGAGCAGAGAGCUUUCCGCCUGGAGGGCUGUGGCUGGGGAGCACGACCGGAUGAUGCAGAGCUGGAGGAAGGCGUGGGUACGUGGCCGCAGCCGGGCAAAGAAAGUAGGGCUGGAGCCAGGGGCAGGGCACCUGCCACAUCUGGUGGAUCUUUCAAGGGACCCAUUCAGCAUGGACCCCACUUGCUCCCUCUUAGCCCCAGAGCAGUUUCCUUUAUGAAACCUGCAACCCUGCGAGGGGAAUCCCAUGUCUUGUUGCUGAGGCUGCAGAUCAAGGGGCAUCUGGCCCCAGCCCUUAAAGGAGACCAAAGAAGGGAGGCAAGAUUGGGAGGGACUCACCGGUGGGAGCUGUCUGUUAGAUGAGCCCCCACGGCCACCCCACCCCCUGUACAGAGCACUCAGCCAGUCACUACUUUGAGGAGAGCAGGAAACCUGGACAGGUGGGGAACCCUCCAGGUAGCUCCUGGCUGGAUGCCUCACCUGCAGCACCUGCUGGAGGGGUCAGGGGGAGUGGCUUACUGAACUAAACCCUGGCAGGGACUGGGCUAUGGCACGGAAGUUGCAGGCAGCAGGGCAGAGGCUCCCUAGACAGGCUAGGCUCCCUAGAGGCUCCCUGUCUCCCCACGGAGACAGAGUUGUCCAGCCCUGGCUCCCAAAUAGCUGAUACAGAAGGCAAAGGCAGGGAUUCAUCACUGUGUGUGCUACCACCCAGGGUGGGGUCUGCAGCACUCAAAUGAGUGCGUUAAAGUGUGUGGGUUACGUGGCUGCCAGCAGACCCCCGAACUGUUGCCACUAAAGCCUGGGCAUUUACAGCUGAUCCUCUGUACUUCAGCACACACAGCCUCCCUCUCUCCAGCCCUCCUCCCUCUCAGCACAACCUGGGAGUCGAGUGAAUGCGCUGCUGCUCUGUCUUCCCGUCACAUAUGGGAGAACCACUCCUGGCAUGUGGAUCUUUAGACCCCAAGGAGGGGAACCACAACAGGGGGCGGAGGCCUUGAGUGCUCUGUCUGGGAUGGGCUAUGAGACAGCCUGGGCUGCAGAGCAGGAAAUGCCCAUCCGUUCCGCCAAGGAUUCAAAGACCGCAUUGUUCUUUCAGGAAAGCUGUAGCAAGGACACCUUGUAGCCACCAGGAAGGAGUCCCUGACACCGACCUCAACCCCAACCAGACCCUGCUGCCACUGACCACAGCCACCCCCGGAGAAGGCCUGGUCCCCCGCAACUGUGAGCUGUCUUGCCCAAACCCGCUCUGAACACAGCCACUGGGCUACCACCUGAUGCGUACCUCCCAGAGACGGGGCAGUGGAGAAGCCCUGAACCCAAGUGGGCCUGUGACAGGAACUAAGACUUAAAAAAUUAGGUGCUUACCUGGGACAGGAAGUUCUGUCUGGCACAAGCAGGUAACCAGGAUGGGUAACAGGCUUCGACAGCUGCUCGUGAACUAAAACAGCAGUAUGUGUGUAGGCUCCUCCUCUAGGGUCAGGCAGCAGGCUCUGAAGGCUGAUCCUACACUGUCCCAGUGACUCCCCUUUACAGAGUGCCCCUACCCCCUAACAGCCAACAGGGUUAGCAUGGCCAGCACAGAUUGCUGCUUUUAUUGAUGCAAAUCAAGCCUGCUGCUUCUCCUACCUGCAGACUUAGCCAAGGAACUCUAAGAUGCAUGACUGGGACAAGAAAAGGUGAGACUCCACAUGAAAAUGCCUUGCCUUAAACCCUGAAUGACUGUGAGAUGCGAUCUGGGAGUGCAUCUGUCAAGUCUUUUGUGUUUUCUUCACUAACCUCAGAAUACUGGGCUCUGUUUUAUCAAGCGCUGCAUUUAUGCCUCUGUCCCCUGUCAAUGCUCAGCUUCUGCAACAGGACACCGAGCUUGUCGCAGAAAGCCAAACAGGUCAAUUAUGCAAAUCUCCUGGUGCCAUAUUAAAUUUCUUGACAAUGGAAUGAGUGUCAUGAGUGUUUUGUUCUACCUGCUGCUUUCAAGUCUCUAAUUAUUAAAGCUGUAUCUCUGAAGACUGUCACUGUGUGUGUGAACUUGUCCUAAACCUGCUCAGCCUUUAAUCUUAUACACACGUCUCUUCUUGUCCGUGGAAUGACAGUUUUCAUGUCUAUCAUAAAACCAAAGCUUCUGUUAAAAGCAAGCCGCACCCCUCUGGUGAUCCUAGCAAAUGCUGAGUGUCUUCCCAGCAGUAUGACAAUGACCUGUUUUGCAUCCCCUCUUUCUGGGGCUGGACGAGUUCUGUAACAGCCUUUGUGUGGGAUCAGCAUACAUCGCCUGCUAAUUCCUUCAGGAUCCAUCACGACAGAGGUGUCCUGAAGACGCCGGAGACACCCUGGUUGUCUCCACACGUCCCCCCUCCGCACCCCGAGUCAAGAGGCCUAGCCACCUGUGAGGCGUGUGCUUGCCCAUCCAGCCAAGGAUGCCAGUCUUGCUCCCAGAACUAUCACACUCAUAACCUGAAGUUUUCCUGUAAAAUAUCCAUCAGCUCACUGUGGUUCUUGCUUUGGGUGUGGCUUCAACCACUGCAAACGGCUGAGUGAAAUGCUAUGGGCUUUGGACUUACAUUCUUGGUGCUGUUCUCUGUAUCUUCUCCUAAAGUCUGGAUUUCGAGCACUUUCACUCUUAACAAAAUAAUUACAUACUUGAAGUUUUCAUAAUGUGGGGUGUUCUAUUGGGAAAUGUAGUUAUGAGGAUGAAUUUUUGAGUCUCUGCUCUGCUGGAAAAGUAAAAAUAGAGUUGUACAUUG